UGAGAGCAUCACUGCAUCUGUCCCGAUCCGAGCUAUUGUGUGUGUGUGUAUGUGUGUGUGAGCGUGGGGGUGCAUAGAAGAAGACAUCUGGGGAUGUGUGUGUGUGUGUGUAUGUGUUUGCCCAGGUCUGAUAUUUCCAACAAAGCCAGAAGAGGAUAAAAGCAAAGUCCUGAUUAUUGUCACUUUUCUUUUUUCCUAAGCUCUCCAAGUGCCCUGCGAAGUUUCGUUCUUCUGUCCUCCCACCCCCUCCCCACCACUAUCACCACCCUCCUCUUGGUGCAGUACAUCUCCAGUGAGGAUACGCACCAUUCAGAGGGUUCCUGAGUGGCCAGUCCAGAGAUCAUGACGUGGAACCUCUUUAAAAAGAAGCAGGAAGCCAUGGUGGGCCCAGAGCCCACAGGACAGGACAGCACCCACACGUCCCACACCAUGACGAUGGCGCCUGCUCCCGCUCUCUCCACGAUGGCAGAUAACUCCACCGAAUCUGAGGGACCGGUCAAUAAGAAUGAUGUCUUUGAGGAGAUCAAAAGCAAGUUCCUCAAUGAGAUCGAUAAAAUCCCAUUGCCUCCAUGGGCGCUCAUCGCCAUCGCCGUAGUGGCCGCGCUCCUCGUCCUCACCUGCUGCUUCUGCAUCAUCAAGAAAUGUUGCUGUAAGAAGAAGAAAAACAAGAAAGGCAAAAAGGGAAAGGACGGCUUUAACAUGAAGAACAUGCAGGGUGGAGAUAAACUCCAGGAUGAUGAUGAUGAAGAAGGGGAAACUGGUUUGACGGAGGAAGAGAAAGAGGAAGAGGAAAAGGAAGUUGAGAAACUGGGGAAACUUCAGUAUUCUUUAGAUUAUGACUUCCAGGACAACAAGUUGACAGUCGGAAUCUUGCAGUGUGCCGAUCUGAUCUCCAUGGACUCCGGUGGAACUUCAGACCCUUAUGUUAAAGUGUUUAUUCUACCAGAUAAAAAGAAGAAGUUUGACACUAAAGUGCACAAAAAGACCCUCAACCCAGUGUUCAACGAAUCCUUUGUUUUCAAGAUCCCCUAUCAGGAGCUGGGUGGGAAGACGCUGGUGAUGUCAGUGUAUGACUAUGACCGCUUCUCCAAGCACGACAUCAUCGGCGAGGUAAAACUUCCCAUGAACACAUUGGAUCUGGGUCAGCCUAUUGAGGAGUGGCGAGACCUCGACAGUGCUGAGAAAGAAGAGCCUGAGAAGCUCGGUGACAUCUGCAUCUCUCUGCGUUAUGUUCCUACUGCGGGCAAACUCACCGUCUGCAUCCUUGAGGCAAAGAAUCUGAAGAAGAUGGACGUGGGUGGUCUGUCUGAUCCAUAUGUGAAGAUCCAGCUGUUGCAGAAUGGAAAGCGUCUGAAGAAGAAGAAGACGACGGUGAAGAAGAACACACUGAAUCCAUACUACAAUGAGUCCUUCAGCUUUGAGAUUCCUUUGGAGCAAAUGCAGAAAAUCAUUGUGGCGGUGACGGUCUUUGACUACGACAAGAUCGGCAAGAAUGAUGCCAUUGGUAAGAUCUUCAUUGGCAGUAAAGCCACGGGCACAGCGAUCAAGCACUGGUCUGAUAUGCUGGCGAACCCGCGCCGCCCCAUCGCCCAGUGGCAUCCACUCCAGCCUGAGGAAGAUAUCGAUGGAGCUCUGGCUUCCCUUUUUGCCAAGAAGUAACUUCUCACAUCUCAACUUGACUUACCAACUAAAUAACCAACUCACCACUGCAUGACACCCCAUACCCAUCUGUACACACUAUGCCAGUUUGUUUCACAUAAUCACCAACAAACACUCAAAUAUACUAAAGAAUAUACUUGAAAAGAUGAACAAUACACAUUUUGAGGAGAAACUGACAAAAAUGAUACCUUUGGUCCAAAAGAACAUUCUCAAAUAUUAUUGUGCCACUAAAAAUCUAAGAAAUAGUGGCAAUAGAAGUAGCCAGUGAAGAGUGGGUGUUUUACAUAACAUUUCCUAUCUUGAAGCCUAUAUUUUCCCAUUUCUCCCAAAUCCACUAAGUGUUAAAAGGUAUAGUUCACCCCAAAAAUGAUAUUUAUGUCCUUUAAAAUGUCAAAAGUGCACAAAAAACGAAUCGAUAAUCACACUAAUAAAUUUUGCAAUUUCCCUACAAUUUCCAUUUCACUUAGACGCAAUUGGUAAGAAUGUCACUUGUGCCAUUAUUGUACAUUUUUAUGUACAAUAGUUAGUUUCAACUGGAUUGUGAGUUCAUUUGUACAUUGGACAGGAAAAAUGAUUUUCAAGGUUUUGUUUGCUAGAUAUACUGGUUCUAUAAGCUGGAUUUUUGUGCCUCAUAAAAAGUGCAAAUAACAAUGAGUUUUCAAUCAAUAUAUCUAACAUGAUUUACACAUUUGGACAAUUAUUAAGCAAUGAUCAUUACUUAACCAUCCCGGGUGAGGAUAAAUUACUCUAAAAAAAAAAAUACUUCAGCCUAUUUAAGAUUUACACAUUUCAAUUUCAUAACAA